CUGAAAAUCGUGUUGGUCGAGGAAAGUUUUGGUCAGCGGGGCGAAUUGUUUGUUCACGAUGGGGUUCUACUGUCAGCGGCAUAGUUAUGAAACUGAGCUCACUACUAAAGUGGUGUCAUGCACUCAAGCACAAGUGAAGUUGGAAGUCAAUGGACGUAAGCAGAAUGUCAAGGGAUUUGAACUCAUUUUGGAAGACACAGUUCUGUUCCCAGAAGGAGGGGGACAGCCUGAUGACAGAGGAACUAUAAACAAUGUAGAGGUUCUAAGAAUAACCAGGAAAGGUGCUGAUGCUAUUCACUUUGUGACAUCAUCUUUAGAACCAGGGUCAGAGGUCACGCAGAAAGUUGAUUGGAAGAGGAGGUUUGAUCACAUGCAACAGCAUUCAGGUCAGCAUCUUGUCACCGCCAUUGCUGAUGAUAAAUAUGGCUGGAAGACAACAUCAUGGGAUCUUGGAAGAGAGAAGUCUUUUAUCGAAUUGGACACACCCAAGAUUUCUCAGGAACAACUUGAAGAGCUUGAGAAAGAUACCAAUGAUGCAAUCAGAAAGUGUAUUCCAAUGACUCCCAGAUUAGUAGAGCUGGGUUCUAAAGAGUUACAAGAGGUUCGUACCAGAGGAUUACCCGAUGAUCAUGUGGGACUCGUUCGGAUUGUGGAGAUUGAAGGUAUAGAAGCCAACUUGUGCUGUGGAACUCAUGUUUCUAAUCUUAGUCACCUCCAGGCUAUUAAACUCCUUGGUGCUGAGAAGGGAAAGAAAGGCAAAACAAAUCUCUAUUUUCUGGCUGGCAAUAGAGUCCUCUCCUACCUUGGGAAGUGUUAUAACAACGAGAAGGCCCUCAACUUAUCACUCAAGUGUGGUCCUGAUGAGCAUGUACAACAAGUUGACAAAAUACAGAAGUCAUUAAAGACAGCAAAUAAGACAUCGCUGACUGUAUUGAGGGAGCUCGCAGUACUAGAAGCCAGACAUUACAAACUGAAUCCUAACAGAGAUCCAUUAUUAUCCAUUCAUCGGAAAGAGGGUGAUUCAGAGUACAUGAUCAUUGUGGCCAAUGAAGUUGGACCUGAGAAUGCACUCAUGCUGCUGUCAACAGGGGAGGAGAAUGGAGCUGGUCUCUUUCUAGUAGCUGGACCUACAGACAUAGUUGAAGAAGCAGGACCAAGAGUUGCAUCAUUACUGGAAGGCAAGGGAGCAUGUAAGAAUGGCCGAUACCAGGGAAAGGCUACCAAGCUUUCUAAGAGAUCAGAAGCGGAAAAGCUUCUACGAGAUUUCACACACAAGCUGAACUUGAACAGCUGAGACAGGAUGAGAUUAUAGAGGGCAAGGAAUAUUGCAGCUGAUCGUAUUCACCAGUCUGAAAGCGCAAACUCUAAUUUAAUAAUGAUUUUAAUGAUAUUUUUGUUGUAUUUACCUAUUGUAGUCCUGUCAUUAUUAAUACUUAUAUUGAUAUUGAUAUUUAUAAGGGCCCUGCAACUGUUAUUACCUGAAUGUUGUCAGACACCCAUUUUAUACACCUGGGUAAAAAUCUAAACAGGCUUACUGUACAUAACAAUCUUUUUCCUCUGAAACGGAUUAAAUAUGAGAUGCCCCCUUAUAAGCUAUUGACAGGUAGCCCUUAUAGAGAGGUGGUCUUGAUGAUAGAUUUUACAGUAGAUCAUGUAUUGAGUAAGUUUUAACCAUGCUACUAUACCUGUAGAGGAGCAGAUACUGUGCAGGACACAUUUGAUUUAUUUUACAUCUUGGCUAGAAGUUCAGCACCGUUACAAUGGAUAGUUCUGAUGGUAUGACCAAUGAGAGUGUUUGCUGGACAAGUAUAUGUACAUAACCACCAUCAAAUGAUCUUUUGAUUGCAUUAAGUCUUUCAUUAUCACUUAUCAUGCCUGGGACUAUACUUCCAAGCCAUAGAGGAUAUUAAUCAACCUGGCUAAAAAGAUGUGUGUGCUUGUUUGUACUAUGUAAAUAGAAUCAUAGUUGAUUCGGUUUAUUUUCAGUUGAAAGUCAAUUAAGGCAAAAAUAUGUCCUAUUCUGGUUACAUUCAUUUUGAAAUGAAGUUAAACAACUCUAUUCCAUUACCGGUAAGUUUCCAUAUCAUUCUCCUAAUGCUGAUGUUUAAAUGGUGAUAUGGUUUGUCACAUUAUUUUGAUAUAUUUUUUGAGAUGGAAAAUCACAAAUGACUCCUAUAAACUGACAACACUGAACUUCCUUUUUUUUUCUUCUUCAAACAUGAUAUCAGUAAGUAGAUUAGAGAAAUGAACUGAGGAUAACUUUAACUAUCAAGAAUGUUACCAGUAAGCUAAAAGUCUAGAAUUCACUGAUGAUAGAUGGUUAGUAUAUUUAUAACCACACUUUUCAUGUCUGAUAGACGUGGUGCGGUUGUCAUCCUUAAGUAACAGUCAUAUGACUGUAAGGACAAAGUUGAGUACCAAUGACAAUGGUGCAGUAGAUGUACAAAAAGGAUUUUUUUUUUUCCUCACAUUUUUUUAGUUUGAGUUGUGUAAUUAGAAGGUAUGAUACAGGAUAUGUGUAACUAUGGAUAUCAUUGCAAAAACAUGCUUAAUUGUGUAGCUUCCAAUCUCCAAGAAUUUCCUGGUCUGACAUGAAACUUUAUUUGUGUACUGAUUAUGUUAUAUAUUAAUUUCACUCAUGGGAUAUUGAAUUUAUUAAGAUGCUAUUAUACAUUGAUGUCAUGCCUCAAUUUGAAAUGCUUUAUCAUUGUCAAAUUAUAUUCGAUAAAUAAAACACGGCAAAACAAAAAUUGAAUAUUUUCUUGUGCGAUACUUGCAUCAAUAAUAUUGCAUCGAUAUAGCAUUCAUGUCAUUAAAACUCAGCAUUUGUUGCAGGAGUAUUGAUAA